AGUGCCGGGCUGUGGGCCGGGGAGGAAGGUGGUUGGCGGUCUCUUCACCACCUUGGCGGUUUGUGCUGCUGCCGCGGGCUCCCGGCCGCUGGGCCACAGCGGCAUGAGACCGUGAGGCGAGCGACGGGCCGGCGCCGCCGACAUGUUUGGCCGCUCGCGGAGCUGGGUGGGCGGGGGCCAUGGCAGGUCUUCUCGCAACAUCCACUCUUUGGACCACCUCAAGUAUCUGUACCACGUUUUGACCAAAAACACCACAGUCACAGAACAGAACCGGAACCUGCUAGUGGAGACCAUCCGUUCUAUUACCGAGAUCCUAAUUUGGGGAGAUCAGAAUGACAGCUCUGUGUUUGACUUCUUCCUGGAGAAGAACAUGUUUGUUUUCUUCUUGAACAUCCUACGGCAGAAAUCAGGCCGCUAUGUGUGCGUUCAGCUGUUGCAGACCUUGAACAUCCUCUUUGAGAAUAUCAGUCAUGAGACCUCACUUUAUUACUUGCUCUCUAAUAACUAUGUAAAUUCUAUCAUUGUCCAUAAGUUUGACUUUUCCGAUGAAGAGAUUAUGGCAUAUUAUAUAUCAUUCCUGAAAACACUUUCGUUAAAACUCAACAACCACACUGUUCAUUUUUUUUACAAUGAGCACACUAAUGACUUUGCCCUGUACACAGAAGCCAUCAAAUUUUUUAAUCACCCUGAAAGCAUGGUUAGAAUUGCUGUAAGAACCAUCACUUUGAACGUCUACAAAGUGGAUAACCAGGCCAUGCUACACUAUAUCAGAGAUAAAACUGCUGUCCCAUACUUCUCCAAUUUGGUCUGGUUCAUCGGGAGCCACGUGAUCGAACUUGAUAACUGUGUGCAGACUGAUGAGGAGCACCGGAAUCGGGGGAAACUGAGUGACCUGGUGGCAGAGCACCUGGACCACCUGCACUACCUUAAUGACAUCCUGAUCAUAAACUGUGAGUUCCUCAAUGAUGUACUCACGGACCACCUGCUCAACAGACUCUUCCUGCCCCUCUACGUGUACUCACUGGAGAACCAGGACAAGGGAGGAGAACGGCCAAAAAUCAGCCUGCCAGUUUCGCUCUAUCUUCUGUCACAGGUCUUCCUAAUUAUACAUCAUGCGCCCCUGGUGAACUCGUUAGCUGAAGUCAUUCUGAAUGGUGAUCUGUCUGAGGUGUACGCUAAGACCGAACAGGAUGUUCACAGAAGUUGUGGCAAGCCCAGCAUUCGGUGCUUUAUUAAACCCACCGAGACACUCGAGCGGUCCCUUGAGAUGAAUAAGCACAAGGGCAAGCGGCGGGUGCAAAAGAGACCCAACUACAAAAAUGUUGGGGAGGAAGAAGACGAGGAGAAAGGGCCCACUGAGGAUGCCCAAGAAGACACCGAGAAGACUAAAGAGAUAGAGAUGGUGAUCAUGGAGCGCAGCAAGCUCCCAGAGUUGGCGGCCAGCACGUCCAUGCAGGAGCAGAACACCACAGACGAGGAGAAGAGCGCCGCCACUGGCUUAGAGAGUGUGCAGUGGAGCAGGCCCUUCCUGGACAUGGUGUACCACGCCCUGGAUAGCCCAGACGAUGAUUACCACGCACUCUUUGUGCUCUGCCUCCUCUAUGCCAUGUCUCACAACAAAGGCAUGGAUCCUGAAAAACUAGAGCGAAUCCAGCUCCCAGUGCCCAGUGCAGCUGAGAAGACCAUCUACAACCAUCCACUGGCUGAAAGACUCAUCAGGAUCAUGAACAGCGCUGCCCAGCCAGAUGGGAAGAUCCGGCUGACGACACUGGAGCUGAGCUGCCUGCUCCUAAAGCAGCAAGUUGUAACCAGCACCGGUUGCAUCAUAAAGGACGUGCACCUGGCCUGUCUGGAGGGCGCCAGGGAAGAAAGCGUUCACCUAGUACGGCACUUUUAUAAGGGAGAAGAAAUUUUUUUGGACAUGUUUGAAGAUGAGUACAGGAGCAUGACAAUGAAGCCUAUGAACGUGGAAUAUCUCAUGAUGGACGUCUCCAUCCUACUGCCCCCCACAGGCACACCGCUGACAGGCAUUGACUUUGUGAAGCGGCUGCCAUGUGGUGAUGUGGAGAAGACCCGGCGGGCCAUCCGGGUGUUCUUCAUGCUUCGUUCCCUGUCACUGCAACUUCGAGGGGAGCCGGAGACCCAAUUACCACUGAUGCGCGAGGAAGAUCUGAUCAAAACUGAUGAUGUCCUAGAUCUCAACAACAGCGACCUGAUCGCGUGCACGGUGAUCACCAAGGAUGGUGGCAUGGUCCAGCGAUUCCUGGCUGUCGAUAUUUACCAGAUGAGUUUGGUGGAACCUGAUGUGUCCAGGCUUGGCUGGGGAGUGGUCAAGUUCGCAGGCCUCCUGCAGGACAUGCAGGUGACUGGUGUGGAAGAUGACAGCCGUGCCCUGAAUAUCACCAUCCACAAGCCUGCGUCCAGUCCCCACUCCAAGCCCUUCCCCAUCCUCCAGGCCACCUUUGUCUUCUCGGACCACAUCCGCUGCAUCAUUGCCAAGCAGCGCCUGGCCAAGGGCCGCAUUCAGGCAAGGCGCAUGAAGAUGCAGAGGAUAGCUGCCCUCUUGGACCUUCCGAUCCAGCCAACUACUGAAGUCCUUGGAUUUGGACUCGGCUCCUCCUCUUCCUCCCAGCACCUGCCUUUCCGAUUCUACGACCAGAGCCGCCGAGGCAGCAGUGACCCCACAGUGCAGCGAUCUGUGUUCGCGUCCGUGGACAAGGUGCCAGGUGAGCCGGCCCCACCCUGCGCCGCUGCCUGUCCCCCUCCCACGGGUUCCAGGGCUUCCCCCACCAAGCCAGUGUAAGCUGCUUCUCCCUUCUCAGAAAUCCAGCCAGUUGGGAGCACCAGAUAAAUUUCUUAGAAUUUAUCAAAGUAUAGCACAAGGUUAAACACAAGCCACAGAAAGAAAUUUUGGCUUUCUCUUU